GUCAAUGUCAUCUUCUUCAUCAUUAUCGUCGAAUUCACCAUGUGCAGCGUGCAAAUUCCUUCGUAGGAAAUGCCAACCGGAAUGUGUGUUUGCACCUUACUUCCCUCCUGAUCAACCACAGAAAUUCGCGAAUGUUCAUAAGGUGUUUGGGGCAAGUAAUGUGACUAAAUUGCUUAACGAAUUACAGCCUCAUCAACGCGAAGAUGCUGUAAAUUCGUUAGCAUAUGAAGCUGAUAUGCGUCUUCGUGAUCCUGUUUAUGGUUGUGUUGGUGUUAUUUCACUUCUUCAACAUCAACUUAGACAACUACAAAUGGAUCUUAGUUGUGCUAAAUCUGAACUUUCAAAGUAUCAAAACCUAGGAGGUAUUGCUAGUACUACGACUCAUGGACUUUUAGCAGCUGCAGCGGCUGCAGCUGCUACCACCGCCCACCACCAUCAUCAUCAGCAGUUCAACUUUAUGGCUGGAAGUGGUGGAGGUGGCGGUGGUGGGAGGGAUCAUUCGCACCACCUUUACCAUCAUCAGUUCUUUCCUAGGGAUCAACAACAACAACAACAUCAACACAUGAUUCGAGCAUUUGAAGGUCAUGGGAGCAACAACUUCGAUGCAAGUAGCCUUUUUAUAGGUCAGCUGAGUCAGUUCCAGCAGCCUAGGGCUGCUGGAGCCGAUGGACACCGAACACCGGUUGAUCCAUCUUAGUUAAUUUAGGUUACAUUUGACUUAUUGAGUAGAGCUCCAAAA